AUGUCAGGAUCUCAGAAUGAAGUAGAUGAAGUGCUGCGGUCGUGGUUGGCGAAUAACCCUUCCGUGGUUGGCUACGUUGUGGUGAACUCGGAUGGCAUCCCCAUUAGGCACCAUGAUAAACUAUCUCGGGAGCGCUCGCUUCAUUAUGCUGCUCAGUUGACGUGA